GCUUUUUGCAUUGAAAAUACAACUGUGGUUCUGCUUGAAAUGUAAAUGUACCCGGAGCCCGGCAGAGGAGAAGGAGGAGGGUGACAACUACUACAAGAACUUGGGCACCCCGCCCCCCCGGGCCUGGUUCCUGCCGCCCGCCUGCCUGGCGCACUGCAUUCGCCUGGCCAUGAUCCGAUUCAGAGUCAAGGUGUUUCAGAGCUUGGAGGAUCAUCACCUGGAAGUGGUUUCCUUUUUCCGGGAGAACGGUUUUCACGGCCUCAUUGCCCAUGACUCUGAAUAUGCUUUGUGUAACAUCCCAUCCUACUACAGUUCCCAUGCUCUUAAGCUUAGCUGGAAUGGGAAGAAUCUGACCACCAACCAAUUUCUAAUGCAGGAAGUGGCCAAGCAGCUUGGCCUGAAGAUGAGCAUUUUCCCCAUCUUUGCUGCCCUCUUGGGUAAUCAUAUUCUUCCUGAUGAAGACUUAGCUGCAUUUCACUGGAGCUUGCUGGGACCAGAUCAUCCUCUUGCAUCUUUGAAGGUCCGUGCCCACCAGCUCGUCCUACCUCCGUGUGAUGUAGUGAUAAAAGCCGUUUCUGAAUAUGUGGCAACAAUCAAAGACUCCUCUAAUUUGGACACAGUGGGGAAAGAGAUUUUCAGACAUUCUCAGUCCAGGACAGAAGAUAAGAUCGAACGAUUUAAAAAAGCUGUGGAAUAUUACUCGGUUGCAACCAAACAGCGUCCACCCCAAAUGAAUCCGUCGCCUUUUGUUGGGUACCCUCCCAAUCAGUUUGGAGUACCUCCUCUUCCUCAUAACCAGAUGGGAGGAAUGCAUGUUGGGAAGCCCAUGUUUGGCCAUCAGAUGCCCGCAAAGUUUCCGUAUCAGCAUCACCCGUUUCACCCAGGACCCAACUCUGGUUUUGUGUUCCCUCAUCACCCCAUGGGAGACCUUUCUCACUUUCAUGACGACCACCUUCUGAAAGGGGGACCAUUCUCAGGCUGGUCCGUACCUUACGACACAACUGCUGCUAAGUUCCCCAAUCACCUGACUAUGAAGCCUUCUCAUUCAUCUGGCCAUGAGUCGUCACCGUCUUCUUCUGAUGAAGAUCAGAAUGGUGCAGCAUCAAAUCAUGUCACUGACGCCCGACAGCACAAGACUAAUUGGGAUGAGUCCUCUGGAGAGAAAAUGACACAGAACUGGGGCCAUCAGUCCGGAUCUGGAGAAUCCCAACAAAAUAUGGGGCAAAAUGAACCGCAGAUUCCAUCCCUGCUGUCCAUGGCAACCAGAAACCACAUGGAUAUCACUACACCACCGUUGCCUCCUGUGGCUCCUGAAGUACUACGAGUGGCAGAACACAGACAUCGGCGGGGUCUCAUGUACCCCUACAUUUAUCAUGUCCUCACCAAGGGUGAGAUUAAAUUGCCAGUGUGCAUAGAGGAUGAAUGCAACACUGAUCUCCCCCCUGCUACCAUUCUUUUCCGCCCAGCACGCCAGUAUGUGUACGGAGUCUUAUUCAGCCUGGCUGAGACUCAGAGGCGGCUUGAGCGGCUAGCCAUGCGCAGGCGUAUGCCAUUGGAUGUUCCGCCAGUGAUAAUCAAGGAAUGGUCAGCCUAUAAAGGGAAGUCACCUCAGACUCCAGAGUUGGUAUCGGCCUUGACCUUCAGAGAAUGGACUUGUCCUAACUUGAAGAAACUGUGGCUGGGCAAAGCUGUAGAGGACAAAAACCGCCGAAUGAGAGCUUUCCUGGCCUGUAUGAAGGCUGACACACCCAGCAUGUUGAAUCCAGCUAAUGUGCCCACACAUCUCCUCCUCAUGUGCUGUGUGCUCCGGUAUAUGAUGCAGUGGCCUGGAGGAAGAAUAUUACUUAGGCAUGAGCUGGAUGCAUUUCUAGCACAGGCUGUAUCUGCACAACUUUAUGAGCCAGACCAGCUGCAGGAGCUCAAGAUUGAGAAACUGGAUGCUCGAGGUGUGCAGCUCGCAGCUCUCUUUAUGAGUGGAGUGGACACUGCAUUAUUUGCCAAUGAUGCCUGCGGCCAGCCGGUUCCUUGGGAGCACUGCUGUCCAUGGAUUUACUUUGAUGGGAAGCUGUUCCAGAGCAAGCUCAACCGAGGAGGCAGGGAGAAGGCACCUUUAAUUGAUCUUUGUGAUGGUCAGGCAGAGCAGGCAGCCAAAGUGGAGAAGAUGAGACAGAGCAUCUUGGAGGGGAUCAAUCUAAACCGCCAACCUCCUCCACCACUUCUGCCUCCACCACCUUUCAUGCCCCCAAUGAUGCCACCCUUUUACCCCGUUCCACUAUAUCCUAGGGCUAUGGGUUCUAUGCCCCCACCUCCUCCUGGAAGAAACCGAGGUUUUUCGGGUGUUCAUCCUAUUCCACCACAAGGGGGCAAGCUGGAGAUUGCUGGUAUGGUUGUUGGUCAGUGGGCAGGCAGUAAACCUUCCCGUGGCCGGGGAGCUUUUGGAAUGCAGGUGGUCUCAGUUGGGGGUCCAGGAAAAGGGCGUGGAAGAGACCCUGCUGCUGCCGCCGCCGCUGCUAAUAAAAUGGCAAAAACAAACAAAAAAGUAAGCAAGCAGGGGUCAGCAGACAGCCGCAGCCCCUCUCAAGUCAACGGGACCAGUGGAAGCACUGUUACAGAGGAAGAAUCCAGCUCACAAACUAUAGCAUGUGCCUUAUCCAGAGAAUGCAGUGAUCCUUGCAGCAAUGGCAAUGCCUCUCACUUUACCGCAAUAAGUAGUGAAGGCGGGGACAACUGCCGUGAUGACAAACUGGGUCCAACUGCCCUCCAAAAGGAGGAGUGAGCAGUGCAAGGACAAUACAAGGCACGCAUUGGAGGAAGAGAGUGCUCGAGGGAGGUACCCCCAAAUACAUAAACAAAUAAAUUGCAGAGGGUUUUCCUAUUGCCAUAGUAAAAUGAAAUCUUAGUCCUACAGAUGUUGAAUGACACAUGUCAACAUCUGCCCCUA